GUAUUAGAACAUCGGUUCUCAAAAGAUGAAAAAAUGGCGGCCAAGCUGGUUGAGUACAGUUUAGUUCAUCAUGCCAAGCCUAUAGUAGUAUGUAUCUAUAGUCUACAAGUAUAUUUGAAGUUAGGGUAAUAUACAAUGCUUAUCGUAUCGAGGACAAGAUUUCGUAUCCUAGAUCGAAACCACUAGUCGGCGCGAUCAGUUAUUUAAUAAUUUGGUAAAUAAUAACCACCGCUAACCACCAAUCAUGAAUGGCGUGUUAAGGACACGUUUGUAAUUGGUGAAAACAUUUUAAUUCUCUGGAAAUUCCGAAAGAAUUUUGUUGAUUGUAUCUUCAUAUAAAUGCUUCAUGUAUUUAUCGUGAUUUAAACAAAGAAAAAAGAAGCAAAAAUGACAAUAAAAGGAAUUCGAAUAUAAAAUAUCGAUUAAAGGAUAAACAAUACAUUGAUAUAUAAUUAAAAUGCAAUCAAAUCUAGAAACUGGAUUACAAUUAAUAGCACGCUUGAGAAAAAAUCUAUGCGUUUCAGAGUUUGAUAAUAUUCUCUUUUUUAAUGGAUUAACAAAUACAGACAUUAUAGAAAUAACAGGAAAUGUAUCCAGUGGAAAAUCACUUUUGUUAGCGAAUAUUCUAGCUAAGUGCAUACUUCCUGAUAAAUAUGACGAUAUCCAUAUUAAAGGACUUGCAGCUUCUGCGGUAUUAAUAAAUACGGAUUGUCAUUUUCAAAUAUCUAAAUUGAUUAAAAUAAUGUCUACGAUUGUGGCCGAUUUAUGUAAAUCUGUAAAUAUAAAAAAAGUUACUAAUGAAACGAUCAACAAAAUUAUUAAUGGAGUGCUCGAUAAUUUAAUUGUUAUCAAUUGUUAUGAGAAAGAUCAAUUUUUAUUAACGUUACACACUUUAGAGAAUAUAUUUUUUUACAACGAAAAAAUUGUUAUUUUGGCAAUCGACAGUAUAUCGGCAUAUUAUUGGCAAAAUCGAGAAAGUAAUGAUAUCAAAUCUAUAGAUUCUUAUGUGUUUAAUUUAAUCAAACUUAUUCAAACGAUUACAUCUCAGUACAAUGUUAUAACACUUUAUACAAGACCAAGUUCGUUAACCAUUAAUGAUGUUAAAACUAAAAAAAUUCUUUUUACCAAUUUCUCUAAAGAAUUAAAUUAUGUAAUUCAUUUGUUUAAAAGUACUGAUUCAGAAAAACAUUUAUGCUUGGCAGAAUCAAGAAAAAAAAAAAGGAUUCUUAACUAUAUGAUUAAUUCAGGUGUUAUCAAGUGGAUAACAGAAAAAGAUUAAUUAAAUAUUUAUAUUCAUAAAUUUUAAAAGUACUUCAUUUACUAUGUCCAAUGGAUUUAAUAGACGAGAUCCUGCGAGCGUUAUGGA